CAUCGUUCCUUAACCUCCUUUCGCUUACUGCGUCGCCUCCAUCGACCCAUCGCGAACAACCUUGUCGACUUGAGGACCUCCACGAUCUUUUUCACAACAUGCGCCGCCCUCCUGGCAACGAUACACGUCAAAUCUACGCCGACAACCCACCAAGCCAGCCUCUACGGCGAAGGACCACAACUGCCGGUCGGGACCGCUCAGGUACUGAGUACGCCGCUCAUGCUCAUAUCGGCCAAAACUCGAGUAUGCAUAAGCGCAACAACAACAGUGUUCUCCAGCACCAUGGACACUCUGAAGACCCGCCCUUCACUCCUCAGCUCCCAUCUUCCACCGCUCCGUCGACAGUUCGCGGAAAUACUGCAGCCCCCACGCAAUUCAAGGACCACCGGCCUGCGUCGUACACGUCGAACCCUGUCACAGAGGAUUAUGACUCUGAACUGUCUUUCGUUCUCGCACCAACCACACCUCUUCACUAUUUCGCCCGUCCUUACGAGACCUUGUCGUGUACGGAAAAUGAUACAGCUCACAACAAUCGCCAUCAUCAGAGUGACAGCGUCCACGUCCCAGUGUACUCUGCAAACUCUAAUAACUUCGGUGAUGGCCAGAAUGAUACGGCCACCGACACCCAUGGGCAUGGCACAGCCGAGCGUGUGGGUGGCUCGAUCCCAUGGCGGCCUCAACAUCCGCGACAGGUCUACGCGAAUCUACAGACCAUUAACGGCAUCAGAGUUGGACCCCCCAUGCCCGCGAAUAACUGGCUCAGCUCGCAUGGGUCCGGUGGGUUGCCCCCAGCGAACGCAUUCGCCCACGCGAUGGCGUUGCCUUCUUCCGUCUACGGAACUCUGCCUGCGGUCGAUUUCGAAGUUAGCACCGGCGGCUUCGUCGCGAACCUCGAUGCGACCGUGGCUGGGCCGUCGUCUCUUACUCCUCCCCCUCACGUGGACUGCAGUAGCACUGUUCAACCUAUUCCGUUGCCGGACACGAACACCACGCAUGGUACGCGCCCCUGGGCACCGUCGACAACCUUCCCUGCUGCCGUACACAACGCAUACUAUCCUCCGUCGGCCCCAAAACCGCUUGCGCCUUCAUUCGAAAUCGAACCGUCCCGCGAAAUUUCCGUAGACUCUCGCCCAGCCGAAAACCUGGUUCAUGUCGCCAAUGGCCCUGGCUGCGCUGAGAGCGGAGGGGCAAGACUUCAAAGCGCAGGUCAUGGCACUGUAACCUCCGCCAAGAAGACCAAUAUCGGACGUCGAUGUCGCGUUUCCCCCUCAUGCUCGUAUAAUGACUGUGGCAACUGUGGCAAGAGCUGUAGGAAAUGGCGCCAGCAUCUGAAAAGCUGCCUCAAAACCAUGUCGCUGCCGAAUGUUCCACAAAGCAAAGACCAGUGCCCUUGGUCUGACGGCUCGGGAUCCGGUGCUCGAGUUUUAUACUGGUCGACAACGACGGUUUGGUGAAGCAUAUAAUGAAGGUGCAUCUCAGGCUCUUUGCAGUCGACUGCGACUACUGCGCGGCGACUUCGUCUCCAAAGAUUCUCUCAUCCGGCAUCACGCAACUAGCUGCAAACUCAUCCCUACUGAUUCGGCGGCGUAUGGAAAGGCGUGCAUUGCUCUUGAGA